AUGAUCCAGCUAGAGACAGAAGUGGAGUUUGUGUCCGGUGGUCUGGGUGGUUCAGGACUCCAGGAGCGGGAUGAAGAGGAAGAGGCAGCGGGUCGCAGGCGUCGCUAACGGGAACUAAAUCGAAGAAAGUACCAGGCACUAGGUCAGCGCGGCAGGGAGAUCGAGCAGGUGAUCGAGCGAGUCUUGAACAGGCUCCAUCAGGUGCAAAGGAUAACCCGGAUACUCCAGCAGGAGCACAGGUUCCUCAUGAGGAUGCUGGAUUCCUACGGGGAUGACUACCGGGAUAGCCAGUUCACCAUCGUGUUGGAGAAUGGUGGCAGCCAAGGCACAGAUGUCCCCACCCCAGGCAAUGCUGGGAACGAGCCUCCAGACAAAGAGGGACUUUCCCCACCCCAAAGGAUGCCUGCACCACUAGACUCCAGCAGCUCAGACCCUGGCGAGGGCCCCAGUGGGUGCAAGAGGCAGCAGGCACCACGGUUGGGGGCUUGGUUGACUCCAGAACUGGCUCCAGUACAGGUGGGAGCCCAGGGCUGGGGCCAAGGCGUGAUUAAGGUUGAGGAAGACUUUGGCUUUGAAGCAGAUGAAGCCUUGCAUUCAAGUUGGGUUUCUCGAGUGUUCCGGGAUGUGGACAGGCCAGGCCCUGCAGCUAUUAACCUGCUGAUGAACACCUGA